UGGCACAGGCUAUAAACAGCUCCUUAAUAUGUACCCCAUUUUAAAAUGUAGGGGUUGAAUUCGACCGGUGAGAAUUCUUUCUGUGUCGCUUUAUACAAUAAACGCUUUCGUUUCCCGUGAUUCUUGUUUAUGUGCGCCUACUUCCCCCCGUAGCAGCGCGGUGCCAGCGUCCCUGCCAAGUCAGUUUGAAAAGAUGAGACAAAGGCAGCAGUCCCCUCGGCUCGGCAAUGCGUGCGAGCGGAGCGCAGAGAGUGGAAACGGUUAUUUUCUUAUCGUUUCAGUGGGGAGAAACAUUCGAACCGGUCCGGAAUUUUCCCUCUGAGUAUUGCUGGAGUUAUAAAGGCCUUUUUGAAAAUGAACGACCGUUUGGAUCCCCGGGGCGAACGAAAAUGGUUACCUCAAAACAAAAUGGGUAGUGCGGUCUAAUUACUCGCUGGCGCUUUUCCGCCUUUGGGUCGCUGAGGAUUGUACUGGAACAAGGAUUUGGGGCUUUUUGCGUUUGAAUUGUACUGCGCAAUCCAGACAAAUCACGUGGGUCGGGAGUUGAUCGAUUUACGAAAAUAUUCACUAAAAAGAAACAUAAAGGGAUUACUUGUUGUCUGGAUAAAAGAGGAUUUUAUAGAAAAGCAACGACUGGCUUUGCUUGUCGUUUUUUAUGUAUGUCUACAAUGGAGACGCACAUUUCGUGCCUCUUCCCGGAAAUUUUAGCCAUGAUUUUCAGUUACUUGGAUGUAAGGGACAAAGGUAGGGUGGCCCAAGUCUGUGCGGCUUGGAGGGACGCGUCUUACCACAAGUCCGUCUGGAGAGGGGUCGAGGCCAAGCUGCAUUUAAGGAGGGCCAACCCGUCCCUCUUCCCCAGCCUGCAGGCCCGGGGAAUCAGGCGGGUGCAGAUCCUCAGCCUUCGGCGCAGUCUGAGCUACGUGAUUCAAGGGAUGCCCAAUAUCGAGAGUUUAAACCUUAGCGGCUGCUAUAAUUUAACGGAUAAUGGCCUGGGGCACGCUUUCGUACAGGAAAUCCCAUCCCUGCGGGUCCUCAACCUCAGCCUCUGCAAGCAGAUCACGGACUCCAGUCUGGGCAGAAUCGCCCAGUAUCUGAAAAAACUGGAGGUGCUAGAACUUGGCGGCUGCAGCAACAUCACGAACACCGGUCUGCUGCUCAUCGCGUGGGGCUUGCACGGACUCAAGAGCCUCAACCUUCGUAGCUGUCGGCACGUGUCGGACGUUGGCAUCGGGCAUUUGUCUGGUAUGACCCGGAGCGCAGCCGAGGGAUGCCUUAACCUGGAGUACCUGACUUUGCAGGACUGUCAGAAGUUGACGGACCUAUCCCUGAAACACAUCUCGAAAGGCCUGACGAAGCUCAAAGUUGUCAAUCUGAGUUUCUGCGGGGGGAUCUCUGACGCCGGCAUGAAUCACCUGUCUCACAUGAGUAGUCUUUGGAGCCUAAACCUCCGGUCCUGUGACAACAUCAGCGACACGGCCAUCAUGCACCUCGCCAUGGGGACCCUGAGGUUGUCAGGACUGGACGUUUCAUUUUGCGACAAGAUCGGCGACCAAAGUCUGGCCUACAUUGCCCAGGGUCUUUACCAGCUCAAAUCUUUGUCCCUGUGCUCGUGCCACAUCAGUGACGAUGGCAUCAACAGGAUGGUGCGCCAAAUGCACGAGCUGAGGACCUUGAACAUCGGCCAGUGCGUGCGGAUUACAGACAAAGGGUUGGAGCUCAUCGCGGACCACCUGACUCAGUUGACUGGGAUCGAUCUGUAUGGAUGUACAAAAAUCACUAAACGGGGACUGGAGAGGAUCACGCAGCUCCCGUGCCUUAAAGUUUUAAACCUGGGACUCUGGCAGAUGACAGAGAGUCACACUGAAAAAGUGAGGUGAAAUGCGCGAGAUCUGGGGGGAGGGGGAGGGGUGACUGGCGGGGGAGGUAAUUUAAGAAAAAAAGUAGUUUGCUGAGACGUAUAUUUUUGGAAUUCAGCUAUAAGACCAAAUUCAGUUCCGUCAGAUAUAAGAUUAGGUAUUUUUCAUUAUCUUAUUUUGAAAGCAUUGUUCCGCCCCUUGUUGUUGGGGCAUUGACAUCUAAAAAUUCGCAUUAUGUUCACUUCCUCCUCCCUUAAUGUAACGUGUGCAACGUUUUGGCUACCUCGUUCAUUUCUUACAAAUCCUGAAGAAUAAGAAAUUGUGCCUAGGACAUAGACCCCUCCCCCACCGCGUAGCACAGCUGAGAAUUGCACAAAAGAAUAGAUUUCACAUAUUCUUUUUGAAUCAGAUUAUCUUCGAAUCCCUACCAGUAGUAGUAACACAAGUGUUUCGAAGCCAUGCCUGCUUAAUUCAGAUUUAACCAACUUUAUGCAAAGACAAAUGAAAUACUCAUUUCUGAAUACAAAAGCCUUUCAAUUUUUUGUUUAAGCACAAUUUACAGGCCUCAAAGCCUUGUAUCCAAGCUUUGAAUAAGGAGUAAGGAGUCCCUGCCGCUGAUGUAUUUUAUGCUUAUGUAAGCAAAUUCUUAAAAAAUUACGACUGUAAUUCAGAGCAUUGUACUUCAAAUUGAAGUGAUUGUUUUUUAAAAUACAAUUUUACAAAUCAGUUGUUUCUCGUUUAUGACUAAUUCCAUUGUGUCGACUAUUCAGAUUCGCUUCCUCCUUUAAGGUAAGGAAAAUCAUUUGUAAUGGAAAAUGUAAAAAAUCGGAAUUGAUGCUAAAGGGGGCUGCGAAAAAUAAAAAAAACCAGAAACGAUUGAUUUGGCUUGUUUUGUUUUCGUGGGCCUGUGGAACAUGACGUAUCGAUCUGCAGUAUCUACUGAGUCCUGCUGAGAAUCUACUGUGUCGAAAUGUACUGUAAGUGUAUUUGUAAAAAAAAAAA